AUUACUGUAAAGAGACGAAGCUGUUUUCGUGUAUAGUACAUCAACUUGAACCCAUAUUUGACUUAACAACCAGCUCCUGUACUUCCACAUAUAUAUAUAUAUAUAUCUAUAUGUAUCGUCUCUCAACUCUAUCUUCAUCAUAAAAGCUGCAAAAGACAUCAUUUAAUUUUCAGUCUAAUAUCUGAUCAAAUAAUAAUUCCAACUCUUUUGCCAUGGCGUUCUCUCUUAUUCACCCUCAACUUCAGCACAUAGUUGCCCGGAUGUCUUUCUUCGACGCUUUCUUGUUCCUAAUUAUACAUAUGGUGGACAAGUUGGGGAUAUGGCACAGAGUGCCGGUGCUUCUGGGACUUGCAUAUCUAGGGAUUAGAAGGCACCUGCACCAGCGGUACAACCUCUUGCACGUCGGAGAACUCAACGGCCAGAAAUACGACGCGGAUGAAUUUUCUUAUCGGACGGCUGACGGCAAAUGCAAUCAUCCUGAUGACGACACUAUUGGCAGCCUCGGUACCCUGUUCGGUCGUAACAUGCCGCCGUCAACUUCACAGUACGGGUUGCUGGAUCCUCAUCCAAGUGUU